CAAUAAUAGCACGGGGCUCUCGCUCAGUAGUGCAGCUUUAUUCUGGUUGGCCAACAUAUUGAGUGAUGAUAACUGAUACAAACUAACUUGACCCCUGAACUAACAGUUUAGAAAUGGUGUUGUCUGAUGGGAAAACCGAAGAUUGGAAUACGUUUAUGAAGAUAUGCAUUAGUGAAUACCAGAAUGAUUCAAUCUACAGACAGAUGUAUCCAGAUGACGAGGAACGCCAACAGUUUUUGGAAUAUUACUACGAACAUUACUAUAGAGCUGCUUUUAAGGAUGGAAAAGGACAUUUGGCGUAUAUUGAGGCACAUGAUCAUGAUCACAACACGUCUUCAAUGAUAGGAGGGAUCACAAUAAGCCAUGAUUGGGAUGAAACAGAAAUUGAAGACCACAGAAUGAAACUUAUUAAUCCAUUCGGGUGGAAGAAAUAUCUCCGGCGCAAACAAUGGCUGAAUGAAAACGUAUUCAAGAAAUUGGCAUAUAUAUCCAACUCUUUGGAAAAGACUUUGCUUCAUUUUGGGAGUGACGUUAUGAAAAGCCAAUUUAGGCGUCUCAAGUCCUCCACUCUUUGGGCAAGUAUUGGCGGAUACAUGAUAGCUGAAAAUAUUUACGCUGACAAGUGGGCUGCUGAUGAAUGUCUCGUAAUUUCCAUAUUAGAUUCUUUCAAAUUGGCUCGGCUAUACGAAGCUAAUAAUCAUGCUAAAAUCGUUCAAGCUUAUGUAUGCAGAGAUGGAAAUUCAUUCAAGAAUUAUGAUGAUAGCAUUUCGAAAGAUUCAAUAAUAUGCAUUCUACUAUGUGGAGAAGAUGAUGAAGAAAUUGUCAAAUACGUCAAAGAGAGUACUUACGAUAAAAAUUAUUCCAUCGACCAUAAAGUUCUUGAUCAGGGCCGAGUGCUUCCAACAUCACAUUGA